AUGAAAUGGUUGCCUCCUUUUACGAAUGCGUUGGCCUAUCUGGGCAUAAGCGAUAACGGAACCUCAGACUUGACGAAUGUUGACACAGUUACAUUCCGGCAGAAUGACUAUGGCCUCAAAGAAGUUGCACAGGGUGUUCGUCCUAAUGUAGACAUUGUUGCGGUUCAUGGCCUCGACGGCCAUUGGAAGAAGACAUGGACUACGGAAAGCGAUGUCUUCUGGCUACAAGACUUGUUGCCUAGAGUCAUUCCCAAUGCUCGAAUCCUAUCCUACGGCUACGACUCGCGAACGCAUGGAUCGAGUCCUGUGUCUGAGCAGUACAUAUGGCAGCAUGCGACCGCUCUUGUAUCGGAUUUGACGCUGCUAAGAGAAGAAACUCAUACUGAGCAACGCCCAAUUAUAUUUCUUGCCCAUAGUCUUGGAGGGCUUGUCCUGAAAAAUGCACUCAUACAUGCCGACUCCACUCGCACUGGACAUCUCCUAAGUCACCAUGCCAUCAAGUCGUCGACGUAUGGGCUGAACUUUAUUGGCACUCCGCAUCAAGGCGGCAAUGGUGUCAGCUUGGGGAAGAUUCUGGUCAACGUCGGGUCUGCAUUGAUGUACACAACCCAGAACGCCGUAAAACACCUCGCAGAUAAUUCGGAAUAUCUCCAAAAACAGCAAUCAGAUUAUCUCGCAAUCAGUGCCGACUUUGAUACAGUUUGCUUCUAUGAAACGUAUCAGAUGGCUUUACCAGGAUAUGGUCAUUUGCUGGUCGUGCCGCGGCAUUCGGCUGUUAUUCAGGGCCAGCGAAAUGUAGAAGAAAUACCUCUGAAUGCGGACCAUAAGAGUAUGACCAAGUUCGAGUCGUCUGAGGAUGAGAACUUCAAGAGGGUUUCUCGCAUUGUCAAGCGUAUGGUCAACAAGGCUGCGGAGCGCGAUGCGCGACAACAAGAAGACCCUGGCCCCUUGCGCGAACAAUAUGUCGUGCCUUUGUAUCUCCCGAGAGCCUUGAGAACUCCUCAUUUUACAGGCCGCGACAGCCUUUUGCUGCAACUUCAUGUAACGUUGACGCAGGAAACUGGCUCAGUUGCCUCACCCGCACUUGUCCUGAGUGGUCCAGCUGGAAUUGGGAAAACUCAAACUGCUCUAGAGUACAUCUAUAGAUACAAGAAAAACUUCGAACCCAUCAUAUGGAUUGACGGGACAAAUGCAGACUCGAUAAGGCGGAGUUUCCAUGGAUUUGCCCAUCAUUUGUGGAAGCACCUGGAAGAUUGCCGAUUGAAUACCUCCACGAUCUAUAACCGUCUGAAACCGCUUUUUGCAGAAGGUCAGACUAUCGACCACAGGCGCACUCAAAAGCAUGCUGCUCCCAGAAGUACCCAGCAGAUUCUAAUGAGCGACUUUGAUAAAUUUGACGAAGUUCCAGAGCCUCAUGACUCUCCUCGAGUGCAAUGGACAAUGGCAGUUGAGAUAGUCAGAGACUGGUUGAACAAGCCCCAGAACAGUCACUGGUUAUUAGUAUUCGACAAUCUCGAUGAUAUCGAAUCAUUUGAUAUACGUGAGUUUUUCCCGUAUGCUUCACAAGGGAAUAUCAUUAUCACGACUAGAAUACGUGAAGCAGCUCGAUAUGGAAGGGGUGUUGUCAUUGAAGAACUGAGCCAAAAUGAUGCGGUUAAGCUGCUGCUGAAAAGUUCGUACUUGGGCCCGGAUCUUGAUGAGAGAGAGAGCGAAGCAGCCUUGCAUCUUCUCGAAAAACUAGGGUACCUUCCUUUAGCGAUAGAGCAAGCUGGUGCGUACAUUUAUGCUUCUUCAGUAUCUAUAGCCAAGUAUCUCGAGCUCUAUGAACGCGAUGCCCAACAAUUGUUCGAUAAGACCCCGGCAGUCUGGUAUUACCGCAAUGAUACUGCCCUCACAACAUGGGAGAUCUCGUUUGCAGCGCUCGAGAAACGCGACACAUUAGCUGCAGAGAUUCUGCAAUUGUGCAGCUUUCUCGGAAGAAACCACAUAUCAAUAGAGCUCUUUCGCUUAUCAGCACUGUUUGCAUUCGAAGACUCAUCGUUUGACAAAGCAGUCAUAAAUUUGCAAUCGCUUUUCCUUGUGAGAGUUGAGGAGUCGUUUAAUCAUUUCUCAAUGCAUCCUAUGACCCAUUUAUGGAUCCAGAAGAGACUAAACAAGAGCAGCCAGAUCGCUCUGUUAAAGAAAGCCUUACUAGUCUUCUUGAACGGUCGAGGCAACCCUUCUUUUUUGGAAAAUGAUGCAUAUUUGUCCUACCAUCUUGACCAUCUCGUGCAAAAUUUCCAGAGCUACUUCCUGAAAGAACCUUCCAACCUUAAAAUCGUCCUGGACAUUCCCCAGAAAACGUUGUACCAGCGAAACGCAAUUACCACAACAGCGCUUGGAACGUACAUGUGGCUAAGCGGCCUUCUGCGCAAUCUUGGUAUCUUCCUUCGGAGAGGGUUCCUGAAAUCCGACUAUCCAGCCCCUGCGUGGCGAAACCUCUACGAGUUACGCUAUGUCUAUCGUAACCAACGCUUUUAUGACAAGGAAGAAGCAUUAUGUCAAAUAGCCCUGAGCCGUGCAUGGAUGGAGCUGCCAAAAUUACAUCCUUUAUCGCUUCCCAUCGUAGGAGACUUCGCCUUCUCAAUAUACCAACAGGGACGGCUGUCUGAAGCUAUGGGCUGGUAUCAAUGGGCUUUAUGGGCCAGAACAAUGGUUCUGGGAAAAUAUCACCCAGCAACGACCGGAGCUGUCUACGGAAUCGGACUCGUAUUGGAAGCACAAGGCCGACAUGAAGAAGCCUUGGACAAAUUCGUGAAUGCAUAUCAAGGGCGGGAGCGGCGUUUGGGACCUUUUCACUGGAUGACUGGCCUGGUGCUUAAUGACCUUGUAGAAGUACUCGACAAGACCGAACAUGUUGAUUCAGGCCAUUGGAGAGAAAAGCUGGUUGAAUGGACUUUGCGACAACCGGAUUCCUCGAUGACCGAUCGCUACCUAGCUGGUAUAGGUACUAUCCGGGCUUGGACUCAGCUAGCCAGUUGCGACAAUGUCAUGCUCUGGACUAACAAAACUCUAAAUCUAAUGGAAGACCGCACCUCGACCUUCAAGGAUCUUCAGGCUGUGCGAUCUGACCUUUUGGAUGUUCUUAUUGAUGGCAGCUGGGUAUGUAGUCAAUCAGGCAAUUUUGAAGGAGCGCUUUCCGUCUACACGCAAGCUCUGAGCGCAGUGGAGAAGUGGUGCAAUUGCGCUGUAGGAGAUCAUUGGACCAUAGGGUCUGAUAUGGAUGGUUGCGGAUUUUUCUGCUCCAAUAUUUUCUCUUUUAUUGGGCACACCUACUUACAAGGUAAGGGUGACUACGAACAGUCUUUGUUUUGGAACCUCCGCGCUGUCAAAAUUAAAGAGAUGAGUUCCGGCUCCCUUUCUGACUGUUCUUGGCGCGUCCAAAUAUUUCAUCAGAUAUCGACUGCGCACGGCAAACUUGGCCAAUACCAGGAAGCCCUGGAGAUAGAUGCGAAAUGUUACAUGCUACAGCAGUAUGUAUGCACCUACGGACGUUCCGAAUGUGACAAUAGCUGGGAUCUAAAUGAGAGCUAUGCUGAUAUCGCCUAUGAUCUUUCGUGUCUUAGGCGACAUCGAGAGGCAGUUGAUAUAUGGCAAAGUGCCCUGUUAUUGGAAAGGUUGUCUGAUGGAGAAUGCAGCAGCGAUGUCAUUAGGACCCUCGAAAAUCUUGCGAAUUCCUAUGCCGAGCUGGGUGACUACGAUCGUGCCCGCGAACACUUCCGCAAAGCCGUCGUCUGCCAUAUUAGCAACCUAGGACCGGAAAAUAAGGAAGUAUACGGUAAUCUGCAUAGGUUAGGGAGAGUAGAGAUAAUGGCAGGUGACUAUCAGAGUGGUCUUGCACUACUCGCAUAUGUAACAAGAAAAUAUGAGGAAGCCUACAGCCAUGAAGUCCAGAGCCUUGGCGAGGAGCAUGAAGAGGCAUUGCAAACUUUGCACGAUAUUGGAAUAACUCUUUAUGAUCAAGACAGAUAUGACGAAGCUCUGGAAUGGUACCACCGGGCUUUAACAGGAAGAAAGAAGAGUCUUGGUGAGGAGCACAAAGAUACAUUGUACACUAUGUACAAUAUUGGCCUAAUUCUUCAGAUUCAACAGAGAUAUGAUGAAGCUCUAGAAUGGUACCACCAGUUCUUAACAGGAAGUGAGAAGAGUCUUUGUGAGGAGCAUGAAGACAUACUGGACACUGUAUACGCUAUUGGUGGAAUUCUUCACGAUCAAGAGAGAUAUGACGAAGCUCUGGAAUGGUAUCACAGGGCCUUAGCAGGAAGAAAGAUGAGUCUUGGUGAGCUACACAAAGACACACUGCGUAUUAUGCAUGAUAUUGGCCGAAUUCUUCACGAUCAAGAGAGAUAUGACGAAGCUCUGGAAUGGUAUCACAGGGCCUUAGCAGGAAGAAAGAUGAGUCUUGGUGAGCUACACAAAGACACAUUGAAAACUAUGCAUGAAAUGGACCGAACUCUUACGAUCAAACGAUCAAAAGAGAUAUGA